AUGGCCGUAAAAAAGUGUGCCUGUGAAAGCGAAUGUUGCAAAGACUUCUGUCAGUGCGGAACCACCUGCGUCCCAAACUGCUCCGGCGGUGAAAAGUGUAAAUGUGGCCGUAACACUGAAAACACCCAGUGUAAGAGUUGUAGUGAAAACUGCAAGUGCGGAACCACAUGUACUUGUGAAAAGAGUAAAUGUACCUGUGAGAAAUGUUAG